CUGCGUGGGGAAAAAGCGAAAUGUUGCACAGAUCCCCGAUCGCAGUGUUUCUGCAGCGCUGAAGGACAAGGGGCGGAUUCCUCGUUUGACGCUACACGACUCUUUAAUCGAAUUCACGAGCGGAGUGAGGACAUCAUGAUCGGAGAGUUCGAGUACUGUGUUUGUGCUCAAGGUGCACACUGGACACGAUGGGGGGGGUCUCGUUUUUCUUUGAAAUCCAGCACGACUCCGUGUCGACCGCUGUAAUGAACAGUAGACGCACACGCCCUUUGGAGCCAGGCCAGACCAUGCUGAAACAGCCCAGCUACAGCGGUGUCUGGGCGAAAAGGUCACCCACAUGGAUUCUGUUGCUGAUUCUCUCAUCAGUCUCCUCGGAACACGUCCCGGUGGCGGCGAAAUUCGGGGAUUCGGUCACUCUGCCUUGCGACGGAAAACCCUACAGCCUUGGGAUCCCUGAAGACGCGCUCCACGUUUUCUGGGAAACCCUGGAUUACCGCGUCUACGAGUUCGUGGGCGGGAAGGGCUAUCCUGACAACGGGUUCCAGGACAGAGCCGAGAUGUCCCGAGAGAAGAUCAGCCAGGGGGACUUCUCUCUGACUGUCCACAACACCACCUUCUCCGAUGGCCAGAUCUACGCGUGUUACCUCCUAACAGAGAGCAGUCGCUUGCUUCAGAGUGUGGACCUUCUCAUUCUAGCUCGCUCAGAAGUCCACAGCCUGCAGUCUGGUGCCUCUCUGUCUCUCCCCCUCCACACUGCUGGUCCAGUGGAGGUGCUGUUUGAUCCUGGAGGAUCUGCCCAGUCUCGCAGGGUCUUACUGAGCAGGGCAGGGCUCCCUGGACCCGGGUACGAGCAGCGAGUGUCGGUGCAGAACAGCUCUCUGACACUGCGUUCCCUCACUCCAGCUGAUCAGGGCAACUACACAGUGAGGGACCUUCAAGGAAACACUAUCAGCACUGUGAUCGUCACUGUGGGAGCUCACAGAGACACUGUCACCCUGCAGCCUGGAGCCUCUCUCUCUGUCCCCCUGUUCACUGGAGAGCCGGUGGAGGUGCUGUUUGACCCUGCAGGAGGUGGGAACUGGACCUCAGUGUGUUCUGUCCAGAACAGCACAGCCCGCUGUGUCCCCCAGUACAGAGACAGAGUGUCGGUGCAGGACGGCUCUCUGACGCUGCGCCCCCUCACUCCAGCUGAUCAGGGCAACUACACAGUGAGGGACCUUCAAGGAAACACUAUCAGCACUGUGAUCGUCACUGUGGGAGGUGAAUAAAUUCCGGUAUCCGAGAGCUUUUUUCAGAAUGCAGCUGCAAAACGUGGAGUGUAGCUCGUGCCUGGCCUGAACCCUCUCCAAUGGCUGAGCGACGUGCCUCUGCAGCUCUUGCAAUGGCAGCUCAGCACUUGCAGUGGAACUACACCCUCAAUCAGGACAGUGUGGGGGGGCAGUGCACUAUGGGAGUUGUAGUUCCUGCCAACUGGGGAAACGCCCCUCGGGACUACAUUUUCACAUCCGCUGUCCGCAUGUGGCCCGGCACUCCCGGAAAACGUCCCCACGCUUAUGUCCGUUUUCCAGGCACCGGAAGCCAGACACGUAGCUGCUUGAAGGAUUAUUUUGCUCCAGAAAUGGGGGAAAAAGAGCAAAAUUGGACAUGCAAAACUCCCCUUCCUGUCGACGGUUGUGCUGUUGCACGUGAACUUAGUUUAUAAAUCCUUUCGCCCUGAAAUAAAGGGAAAGUUGAGUUUUUACCACUAUUAUUGGUUUUCGAUGAGACGGCGGUUCGAAGGGAGCUGGCGAUGCUAUUUACCAAUUACUAGUAGUUUUUUGUGAGUUACUUACCCAUGUAGAUCAGAUCACUUUAUCGGCCCUAUACAAUGUCUUGCAUGAGGAAUCGGUCUUGUCGCAGACCCCAGCUGGCUCUCCGUGAGACACACAGACGGGGAGAGAGAGAAGCUGGGGGGUCAGAGCACAGGGUCAGCCAU